AUGUCAUCAGAAGACCAAAUCGAUUAUAAACAAUCCAUCAUCAAAGGAAUCCUAGGUUCUCAAAUCCUUUCGGUUCCAUUCUCAUGUACUCUAUCAGCCAUCGUGAUCAUCUUAGCGGCUCGAUUUAUUUCGAAAACUUCUUCAUCUCAAAACAUUCAUACCUCUUUUUCGGUUUCAGAUAUCCAAUCUAUUAGAUUACUUUUCAGUAAGAUUGGCGCUUUUUUUGUUGCUUUUGUUUGUGUGGCUAUGACUGCUAUGGAAUUAGCUAUUGUUUAUCAAAGUGCUGUUAUACAUCCUGGUGAUAUAAAUUAUUUAAUGAGAGCACCAUGGACAUCUUCAUUAGUACCUCUUCUAACUGCUCUUGUUAGCAUUGCUACUCAAACUUAUUUUUCUGAUAAGACUUGUCAUGUUGUACAAUGUCCUAAAUUAUUUGUACCAUUACUUGUAAUCUUAGGUAUCGGCUCAUUAGUCACUGGAAUAGCAGCAAGUGUUUCAUUAUUUACGAUUGGAGUUGAAAGAGGAGACCAAAUCACUUCGUCUGAAGGUGUAUUUUGGUCUUAUUUAGUGAUCACUACUCUUUCGAGUUUCGUAAUCAUGAUUCCAUUAUUAUCUUCUUAUUUUCGUGAUACAAAGGUUUCAAGAAUCGAAGCUUCCCGUAAAGCCAACACUCUCAAAGGACCUACUAAAUUUUCAAAGUUUAUGAGAUUCUUUUUUUCGACUUAUACCAUGGUCUUUUUAUUUGAUUUAAGUUGUUUGAUCACUUCGAUCUUAUCUGCUUCACCUAUUUUUCAAGUUAGUUUAAAAUCAUCUGAAGCCUUUUUAGUUUUACAAAAAAUGAUGGUUAGAAUCAUGUCGAUUUCUUAUCUUUGGGCUUUGGUUGAUGGGAUUCCUAAGAAUCCUAGUUUUGAAAAUCCUACUGAUCAACCAAAUCAUUCGGUGACCAAAAUUAAGAAAUCAUCCAACUCUCGUAAUUCCAGAAUCCAUAGUGUUAGCUCUAGCGCAUUUUCAAAAUAUUCCGUAUCAAAAUCCGGAAAGAUCUCAACAGAUGAUGAUGAAGAAGGAGAUGAGAUCUUUACUUAUGCUUACCCCCCUUAUUCUACUAGUCCAAUAGCCGUAGAUGUAAGAGUAGACUCAUCACCAGAUCCUACACCUAUCACUUCAAAUUUUAAUAAUCAAGUUGGAAAUGAUUAUUCUAAUCCGAUUAUUAAAGAAUCCAAUGAACAUGUGAUGAUUGAUGUUGAUUUAGGAAACAGGUUUCCAGAUGAGAAAUCACCACAACAUCAACAAGAAAAUCAAGUUUUGGUCGGGUUUUCAAAUACUGAAUUUAAAGCAUCUUCUAAAACUAAAAAACCUUUAUCUUUCUUACCUCGACAAAAACCACCACCUAGUUCUAUGUUAUCAACAGGUUCAUUACCCGACAUUCCAACCCAAUCAAACUUCACAAAUCCACCAGAAAGAAAGAAACCUAGAAACAAGAAUCAUAGGAAAUCUAGUAGUAUGAAAUACACUAAUUCUAAUUCUGAAGAAUCGAUGUCUGAAUCACUUUUACCUAAGAAUCCUCAUGAUUCUAAAGAAGAUCAAUCCAAGAAUAUUAAGUCUAAUCAUGUUACGAAUGCAGGUACGGAAUCGGAUACCAAUACCAAUGGGUAUGUUAAGACUUUGAAUGAUGAUGAUGAAGAUGGAGAGAUUUCUAGUAUUGCAACCAAUGGAAAAAGAGUACAUUGA